AUGAAGGAGCUUCUCAACAACCUAAAGACUAAAAGGCAUCAUCAAACAGUUGCCUUGGAGUGCGCGGACGAGGGCAUGCAGUGGAAAUUUAUUCCACCGGGAGCACCACAUUUCGGUGGCCUGUGGGACGCUGCUGUACGGUCGGCGAAAACACAUCUUCUCGAGGUGCUUGGGAACUCGACAGUCUCAUACGAGGAUAUGACAACGCUUUUGACGCAAGUCGAGAGUUGCUUGAAUUCACGGCCGCUCACUCAAAUGUCGGAUGAUCCCGAGGAUCUGCAACCGCUUACACCAGGUCACUUUCUAGUAGGUUCUGCGCUUCAAUCACUUCCAUCAGCAGACUACACCAACACAAAUUAUGGGAGGCUUAACAUGUGGGAAGCGGCACAAAAAAGGCUACAAGAUUUCUGGCGUGGAUGGAGAACGGAAUAUCUUAAUCAGCUUCAGGGACGAGGAAAGUGGUGGAAUCCGCCAGUCGAAAUCACGCAGGGAAGCUUAGUAGUAAUUCGGGACGAUAACCUACCACCCACACGUUGGAGAAUGGCACGAAUCGUUGAAACCCACCCAGGGCGAGACGGGGUGGUUAGAGUAGUUACCCUUCGUACGGCGAACGGGACAGUAAAUAGACCGGUGGACAAAAUAUGCAUCUUACCGGUGGCAACAGAGGACGAUGAAUUGAAGCAGAGCGACUAG